AUGCGUCCGAUCGGCUGGUUGCUGUUUUUCUUAGAAACCGUUUCUGCUGGGCAACUCUGCCAGGACGGCGGCUUGGAAUUUUUUGAGAGCUUCAACACCUCGUCGUGCAUCUACUUUGAGUACGAAGCGCUAAACUACAACGAUGCCAAAAACUCAUGCCUAUCCCGGGGACUCGAUUUGAUCCAAUUUCGGGACGUGAGCACGAGCAUGUUCGUGAAUUCGUUUAUUCCAGACAAUAAUCAAGACGAGCCGUGGUACAUUGGUGUAGAGCGGAAUCGCAACGGCAUCUGGGUGUACGCGGAUAACACAACGCUGCAGUACACGAACUGGGCAGCCGAUGCCAGGGAUGAGGUGAUACGAGGGUUUCAAAGGGUAUUAUGGGAAAAAUUCCAAACGGAAAUCAAGGCAGACGAAAAAUUUGUGGCCGAGCAUCGCGCGGCAUUCAAUUUCACCUGCGAUGUGUUCGCCUCAAUGUGGCUGCGUUUUUAUGACGGUGACGAGGCCCCAUCUCCGGCCAAACAUAGCCGGCCACAUUACGCACGGAUUGACCAAGACCCCGAUUGCGCAAAAGACUCCCACUUCGUCGACCAGAAUAUUACCGUCACCUUUCCGCGCUACAUUUGCGAACGUGCGAUGCCAAUUUAU